AUCGAGCCGCCGUCAAACUGAGACAGAGGAAGAGCUGCAGCGGCAGACCCAAAUGAAGAAGAAGAAUUUAACGGUUCCCGGUUGUUGAACCGCUCCAGUCUCAACGGUGCCGGUGUUUUACAAAUAGUUUGGGACUCAAGAGCAUCACCAGUCAGUAGACUAGCUUCUUCAUGUAAUCUACUCUGCCAACUGCCUGCGAUGUUUAUCCACCAAGAAGCUAUGUGUUGACAGCUAACCACAUUCAGGUCCAUCACUGCAACUAAAGGCCCAGAGCAAUGGAAGAGGGCUCUGAGGUAAUGGAGGAUAUUGUGUUUCGAGGAGUGGAGUUUUCUGUGAAGAUAGAGCUGGACAAGCACAUGCUGAUAGUGGAGAUCUCAGACUCAUUGACAGCCGAUCAGUGGCGGGGCGAAUUUGAUCCAGCAUAUAUUGAAGAUCUCACUCGCAAAACUGGCAACUUCAAGCAGUUCCCAAUUUUCUGUAGCAUGUUGGAAUCGGCUGUUAGAAAGACAAGUGAUUCUGUUACGCUUGACCUCUUGACAUACGCUGACCUAGAGCUGCUUCGCAACAGAAAAGCAGGAGUGGUCAGCCGUCCUCGUAGCUAUCAGCAGUCAUCUGCACUCACUGCCAAAAGAUAUCUCAUCCUCAUAUAUACUGUGGAGUUUGACAGGAUACACUACCCUUUACCACUGCCAUAUGUGGGAAAGCCUGACCCAGCUACCCUGCAGAAAGAGAUCAGAGCCCUCAGGGCUGAGCUCAGUGGUCUCACCUCUCAUGGAGGUAACCAGUCUGCAGAUGUAGAAAUACAGCGGUUACGAGCAGAGCUGGCUGCUGUGAAAGAAGAAAAGGAAGCCAUGGCCAAGACUUUGGAGCGAUUGCAGGUUAGUGGAAGUGGCUCAAUGCCCAACAGAGAGGACUGGAGGAUCAAAGAUGUGGUGAGGACACUGGAGGAGCAGCUUGUCAAGGAAAGAGCCAAAAGUCAACGGUCAACAAGCAAGAAGUGCCAGGAGCAGCGACUCCUAGUAGAGCAGCUGGAGGAGUUGAGAGCAUCAGAGUGUGCUCUUCGUAUUCGUGUCAAAAGUCUCACCAAUGAACUGGCGUUACUACGGAGAGGGUUAGACAAUCUCAGCGUCAGAGUGACUCCUGUCCCUCAUCACAUAAGCUCCCGAGUUGAUGGGGAAAUCUAUCGCUCUGUUUCACGUGAGAGAAGAUCUGGCUACGGGACUGCAAGGGCUCGCUCAGGGUCUAGAGAGCGGACAGAAGAGAGAGGGCAUAGGUCAGUGGAAAGGGGAAGGAGAGCGGACUCUUCAGGACCACAUGCUCGCAUACCCAGGCUGUCACCUUCCCCCACAGGGUCCCGAGUGCCUCGCUUUGACCCAACUGCUUACAUCCAAGACAGGCAGCGCAGGCAGCGAGAGGCAGAUCUCAAAAAACAGAGAAAGGUGCGAAGGGACAUACUGGCAUCACCCAUCAUCCCUGAGAGGGGUCGCUCUCGUUCCAGAGAGGCCUAUCCACAGGUGGCCCGGUCUGGUAGCAGAGGCAGGAGUCUGUCUAUAGAGCGCAGAGGCAGCAGGAACUCCUCUGAGAGCUCAUUAGUGGAUAUGGAUGAAAUGGCCAAAACUCUGUAUAGAGGAAGAAAACAGACUUAUAAUGGACCUAGUGUGUCUAGAGGAGGCCUUCUCAGCAGAAAGCCAUUAUGCAGUACUCCAACUCACAGAAUUAAAGACAGAGAGAGCUCUAUAGACACAGGCGCUGAGCUGUCAGAGAUUGAUGUCAGGCUGCAGGCACUUCAGGAAUACAUGAGGAACUUGGACACAGGACACUAACCUGCAGCUCACGCUCACACCUGGACAUGUUACCUAACACCUGCUUCGCAUGGACGCAGUUGGAGGACACCUGUGUGCAGACUGAGGAGCACAUCCUAAGCCAAACAUGAGCUAAAGGUUUAUCAGAUCAUGUGUUCAAGUAAGAGACUUUAAGUCACCGUGGGGGCUCAGAUCUCCAGGGCUGCAGGGCACUGCAGCCGUCACUGUGAAGGUCAUUGGACUACUUGUGGAGUCUGUUUUUUUUUUUUUUUUUUAUACCCUAACUUUUUAUCAAUUAACUUAAAUAUAAUUAAGUGGCUUCAUUCUUUUAACUCAGGCCAAUUAUUGCACAUAUCUGCGUAAAUUUGGCCAUACUGUGAAUGCUAAAUAUUUUAUUCUCAAUCAUAUAAUCUUUCCUUUCUCUCAAAUUUAAAGAUCUUGAAAAGAUCUUCCUUGCUGACAAUACUUAGACUGCAUAUCUAUGUUAACUUCUGGAAACACUGUGUAGGCUGUCACUCAGUGAUUAUUAUCUGUUAUCCGAUCUUUUAAAAAGUCUUAUCUUUACAGAUCCCAGGAUGUUAUACAACUUGGAAUGAAUAUAACUGCAUGAUAAUGAAUCCAUAUUUACUUUAGGCUAUUAAACCUUUGAUGGACUCUCACCCAGUGCAUGCAGGGAAGCUCCCCAUCUCCUGUCUCUUUGGAAGAAGUAAACCAGUAGUUAAGAUUCCUUUUUGCAUUUAUGUCACCAGAAGUUCAACUGCUGUUCCUGCCAAAGCUAAAUUUUCAAUCUUUUUUAUUUUUUCCUUAAGUUUAAACAUUAUCAAUGCAUUUUAACCAUUUUGGUUGAUCUACAUGUGCAUUAAAAUGAACCAUUUUUUAAUAUCCUUUUGACACGGCUCCAAACUUUGUGUAAGGAACUAAUUCCUUUUUAGAAAAAAUAACUUGCAGCACUGUGGAUCUUGGUAUAUGUGACUUAAAUCCUUCAUGACCACUGCUGACUGUUUCAUGAUAAAAAGCCAAAUUUUUAUGAAUCUGUUUUGUGUGUACUGACUGUUACUGUCAUUUUCCUGUCUGCCUUUUAUACCGUCUAAAAUACAGUUUAUAG